UUUGGCGAUUAGUUCUCACCGUAAAUUAACAAAUAACAAAAGCCAAUGCUCCAGCCUCCUGAAUGUCUUCCGGUGGUCGUCACCGUCCAUUUCGAACUGCCAUUAUUCUUCCCGCCGGCGUCUUUACGCCACCCCUAACACCGACUGAACUUCUCCUCAACUCUCACAUCCUUUUCAUCAAUGCUGAUUUGGACGUCGACCCACUUUGGUCGUUCUCGUUUGGUCCAUUCCUUUUCCUUCAACGUCCUGAAAGCCGCCGCCCCGGUGAAUUCCAUUCCCCAUGAUACCCUUUUGCACAGCCUUGUUGUGAAGUUGGGAUUGGUUAAUGAACUGUCUGUACAGAACAAGCUAUUGAGAGUUUAUGUUAAGUGCAGAGAUUUGGACAGUGCGCGGAACCUGUUUGAUGAAAUGGCUAGGAGAAAUGUUGUGUCGUGGAAUACGGUGAUAUGUGGGCUUGUCGAUGGCGGGUAUGGAGUUGGAAGGCUUUAAAGGUGAUGAUUUUACAUUCAGCAGCCUGCUAAGUUCGUGCAAGUAUAAAGGAUCAGGAGAAUUGGGUUUUUGAUGAAAUGCCAACUAGAAAUUCCGUGUCUUGGACCACUAUGAUUGUGGGGUAUGGACAGCACGAAUAUGGAAAAGAGGCAGUGAAACUGUUCAGGAGAAUGUUUAGGAAAGAUUAUUGCCCGGAUGAGUUAACUUUUGCUAGUGUGCUGAGCUCGUGUGGCUUUACGUCUGGGGCCUCUGAACUGAUGCAAGUUCAUUCCUGCUUGAUAAAACUCGGUUUUGAAGCAUUUUUGUCUAUUAACAAUGGUUUGAUAUAUGCAUACUCAAAGUGUGGUAUAAUUGCUGCAGCGUUACAAUGCUUUAGAUUAAUUGCAGAACCAGAUUUGGUAACAUGGACAUCAAUUAUAUGUGGACUUGCACUUUGUGGCCUUGAGAAAGAUGCUGUUAAGUUAUUUGAUAAGAUGUUAUCGUAUGGCAUUAGACCAGAUAAAAUUGCAUUCCUUGGAGUUCUCUCUGCCUGUAGUCAUGGGGGAUUUGUAAGCAUGGGGCUUCACUACUUCAAUUUAAUGACGAACCAAUACCAACUUGUUCCUGAUUCAGAGCAUUUAACAUGCUUGAUCGACCUUCUUGGUAGAGCGGGUAGUCUAGACCAGGCUUUUGAUCUUUUGAAAUCAAUGCCAAAGGAAGCUGGACCAGAUGCUUUAAGGGCUUUCAUUCGAGCAUGUAGAACUCAUGGGAACUUGAGAUUAGCUAAACGGGCAAUGGAAUUUGCAUCAGAGCCAGAUGAACCAGUGAACUAUUCCCUAGUGUCGAAUAUGUAUGCUUCUGAAGGAAGAUGGUCAGAUGUGGCAAGAAUGCGCAAACUGAUUAACGAUCGUUGUGAACAGAAAACCCCAGGCCUUAGUUGGGUAGAAAUUGCUGGUUAUAACCACUUGUUUAUAUCAGGUGAUAGAUCCCAUCCACAGUCUUUAGAUCUCUAUGCCAUGCUAGGAUUAUUACUAAACACGAUGAAGAAGGAUUACAAGUUCACAGCCUCUCAGGUAGAUAUUGUGCCCGAAUGAAUGCCAAACCUUGGAUGAUCUCAGGUUGGACACAAAUCAAAAUCCAUUUCAAGGUCCAGCACUUGACCGGCUACACAUGACUUCAAUUGGUACAUCUAAUCAGCCAUAGGUACAUGAUUUCAGAUACUAAAAAAAAGUGUUUGGUAUUAGGAAUCAAAAUAAAGUAAGUUGAAAUUUGAUGUUUUCUCUGUUUAUAGCAUUGUAGGUGAGCCCACUGUUGUAAAGUAGCAAAGUUUUCCAAACUGCUUUCCCAUUAUUGUAAAGGAAUGAAGUCUUCCAAAGUGGUCGUAGUUCACGCUUGAUAAAGAAAAGGAAGGAGUUCAUUUUGAUAGACCAAUGACGUGUGGUGUUAAGCUAUAGUUCAAAUAUCCAUUCAUGUUGAAGUUAAUUUGUUGGUCUUGACUUUAAAAUAACUCUUCGACUAAAGUUGGGUGUGGACCUCGAAGCAAACAAAAUACUCUGCAUAUGGCCAUCUAAGAAGCAUAUACAUUUUAGUUUGGCUUGCAUGAUGUAUUAUACAUUGUUGUACACUUGUUAGCGCAAUUGAUGUAUUGGACUCUAGUUCUACAAAGCCAAUAUACGGUAAAGUAAAUCUUUGCUAAAUAUUUAAGUCAAUGUGUUUUUGUAAUGUUUGUGUCCAAGAUUUUCUAGAAAACAAAGUACCAUCAUGUCUGUAUUGUGUUGUAAUAGUGUCUGCUUCUUAGUUUUCAACUCCCUGUAGAGGGAAUAAGGAUGUAAACUGGAACAAUUCAAAUUAGCUCC